GGCUUGUUCUUUGACUAAAAGUAUACGUAUUGAUAAGUGGUAUCGUGAUAACAUUUGUAUUGUUAAAUGAGUAAAGGACCAUAGUUUUAUGCCAAACUUAGCGGUAUCCACUAUAAAUUAUAAUUUAUAUCGUCUGAUCGUCGUUCGUCAGUUAUCAUGGAUCUUUUGAGCAGACAAGGACUGAGGACGGACGGUAGAAGGUCCGGCGAAUUGCGCAGGAUUCGUUGCAAGAUGGGUGUUUUCAAUCAACCGGACGGCAGUGCAUACUUAGAACAGGGCAACACGAAGGUUGUUGCGGCCAUCUACGGCCCGCACGAGAUUCGAACUAAUAGGUCUAAAGCGCCCAAUGAUUGUGCGGUGAUCAACUGUCAGUAUAGUAUGGCCACGUUCAGUAGGAGCGAAAGGAAACGACGACCUAGAGACAACAAAUCGGCUGAGCUCACUUUGCAUCUCAAACAAGCUAUGGCUACAGCAAUCAAAACAGACCUUUAUCCUAAAUCUCAGAUUGAUAUUUUUGUCCAGGUUUUACAGUCAGAUGGUGGAAAUUAUAGCGUAUGCGUCAAUGCAGCUACAUUAGCCUUGAUAGAUGCUGGGAUUGCUAUGGAAGAAUUUGUGAUCUCUUGUACAUCAAGUUUGGCCAACGGGGAAACACCACUAGUGGAUAUAAGCCAUCUAGAAGAGACUAUGGGUGGACCCAGUGUGACAGUAGCAAUAUUGCCAAUUUCUGGAAAGAUUGCCAUGUUAGAAACAUCACAAAGAAUUCACAUCAAUCAUUUAGAACCUGUACUAUCAGAAGCUGUUCGAGGAUGCCGCUAUAUAUAUGAGAUUUUGAAUAAAAUUAUAAAAAAACAUUAUGAAGAGAUAGGCGGUGCUUUAAAUUGGGGAACUGAGGAGUAUAAUAUUUAACUUACAAAUGUUUUGACGUAAAAAUUGCAUGUUAAUACUUGAUGUAUUGUUAUAUAUUUUUGUAUAAUUUAUAUUGCAUGUAAAAAUAUGUGUAUAAUAAAUUGUUUUUUUUUUUAUGACAAUAAUUACUUUUUAAUAAAAAAAAUAAAAAAAAGUUAAAAGUGAAA